AUGAGUGAUGAACCGGAGCGAGUAUUUUCAGGAGCACGUCGUACGGUCUCGUGGGAAAGAGCGCAGAUGGGGCCUGAUACUCUUGAAAAAUGGUGUUCCGCACUGGGUGUCGAACUUUUGUCGAACUCGGCUUGGCGCCCAGCCCUCUCAAAGGAGCAAGCGGUGAACACUGAUUACAUAAUUUUCUUGGCAAAAGUUCGACAAAAUGUCGAACUGUUCGACAUUUUGUCGAACUUUCGCCAAGACGCUAAGUCAUCGCUGCAGGCCACCGAAUAUAUUAUAAUAACCUCCUCACCACCGCCGCCAGUCCGUUCGCAGCCUACAACCGAUACCCAGGGUACCACCGAUUCGCAAGCCACUUCAUAUAACAGUACUGACGACUCGGAUUCGAAUGAGGCUUCCAUUAGUCAAAAUACGGCAUCUCAAGUGAAGAAUAACAAGCGAGGGAGAUCGCUCAAAGAUGAAGAGCUUUCUCUGCUGUUUAAAUGCGCGUUGGACCUCAAACUUGAUUAUAAACCAAAGAGAAAAUAUUGGGAAGCUGUUGAGGAUAGAUUUGUGCGCCUUAUUGGACAUUCUUAUUCGUGGAAAUCGUGCAAAUCUCAGAUCGAGAGGCUCUCUAAGAAACGGCGCUUAUACCUGGCUCAAUACGUUACUGGUAGAGAGGCGGAGGCUACAUCUGAGUUGGACGAGCUUAUCGAUCAAUGGAACGACUUUAUUGACGGAUAUGAGAAAGAUGAGGCUGAGAAGUUGGCAGAAAAAAACAAAUAUAAGGAAAAUUCGCAGUUGGUGCUUGCAUAUCGAGACCAACUGGUCUCAACAGGCUUGCAAAAAUCCAAAAAGCAAGCGCCAGAGGAGCUUAAGCCGUCUGAGGAUGAUACUGGGUCUGAUAAUAGGAAAGUACCAGAAUAUCGUAAGACUGCUACAGCCUCGCGGCCGUCAAAAAAGCGGUCUAUCCAGGAAGCGAUAUUCGCCUUAGUUGACGUAUUAGAAGAGGAUAGACAAGCGUCAAAAAAGCCUGAAUCGGUUGCAAAAAAAAGCGAAUUGGAACGGCUUUCUGGGGAUGUCAAAGAGCUUCAAAAUCAGUAUAAAAAUCUUGAUGAGAAGCUUGAUAAAUUAAUCUCAAUGAUAGGGGAAAAGCGUACGGGUUAG